AUGCGCAUGGGCCUGGGGAUCGUCACGCUACGCGAAACCAGUCGGACAGAGAAAGUCGAGAACAUACACAGGACAGGUCCUCCGCCACCGGGGUCAUUCGAGAGGCGCCUUUAUAACCAGCUGGUCAAGAACUACAACCCCCUGGAGAGGCCCGUGGCCAACGACACGCAGCCGCUCACCGUCUACUUCUCCCUGAGCCUCCUGCAGAUCAUGGACGUGGAUGAGAAGAACCAAGUUCUGACCACCAACAUUUGGCUGCAGAUGUCCUGGACAGAUCACUACCUGCAGUGGAACGUGUCGGAGUACCCGGGCGUGAAGACCGUGCGCUUCCCCGACGGCCAGAUCUGGAAGCCAGACAUCCUUCUCUACAACAGUGCCGACGAGAGAUUCGACGCCACCUUCCACACGAACGUGCUGGUGAACUCCUCCGGGCAUUGCCAGUACCUCCCCCCAGGCAUUUUCAAGAGCUCCUGCUCCAUCGACGUCCGCUGGUUCCCCUUCGACGUGCAGCAUUGCAAGCUCAAGUUCGGGUCCUGGUCGUACGGAGGGUGGUCCCUGGACCUGCAGAUGCAGGAGGCGGACACCAGCGGCUACAUCACCAACGGCGAGUGGGACCUCAUGGGGGUCCCCGGCAAGCGGAGCGAGAAUUUCUACGAGUGCUGCCAAGAGCCAUACCCGGACGUCACCUUCACGGUGACCAUUCGCCGCAGGACGCUGUACUAUGGCCUCAACCUGCUCGUGCCCUGUGUGCUCAUCUCUGCUCUGGCCCUCCUGGUCUUCCUGCUGCCUGCGGACUCCGGGGAGAAGAUCUCCCUCGGGAUAACGGUCCUGCUGUCCCUCACCGUCUUCAUGCUGCUGGUGGCCGAGAUCAUGCCUGCGACAUCCGACUCGGUGCCCCUGAUCGCCCAGUACUUCGCCAGCACCAUGCUCAUCGUGGGCCUGUCCGUGGUCGUCACCGUCAUCGUGCUCCAGUAUCACCACCACGACCCCGACGGCGGCAAGAUGCCCAAGUGGACCAGAGUCAUCCUCCUGAACUGGUGCGCCUGGUUCCUGCGCAUGAAGCGGCCGGGGGAGGACCGCAAACCGUCUUCCGAAGUGGCUGAGCCAUUUCGCGUUCCCAGCGGCGGUGACCGGGAGAGCCGGUGGCUCCGGACGCCCCGCGCCGGGCGGUGUGGCAUCCGGAUUUCGGCCAUCGGGCAGGCAGGCCCGUCUGAACGCCAGCACCUCUGCAUGCCCAGGUGUGCCGGCUUCCACAGGCAGCAUCCAGGUACUGGCCUUCGAGACCGUGUCGAGAAGGAGCAUGUAGAAAGGAGGUGGCUACGGGACUCUCGUGAUUCUGAGACCCACCCCACCCAGCCCAGCCCAAAAAUCAAUGACGUGUCUGGCCACAAAGAAAAGCUUUACCGCUUUCUGAAACGGAAAGGUCAGAAUCUAAGAUGUUCUUACAAGAAGUCAGACAACAAGGGAGCCAAAACCAAGAAAAAUGAGGAAUUCGAAGCCCCUGACACCUACACCUGCAGCAAGCAGUAG